CUUCUUCCCCACCGCAGCCUCCCUCCUCCCCGGCCCUUGCUCCCUUCCCGCCCUAUAAAUACUCGCCGAAACCCAUCUGGUUACAUUACUUAUCCGUCUCAGAGCAGCCUUGUGCUUCGAGAGGGGAGAGAAUUCAAAGAAGCAACAAAGAAAGUAGCUUAGCUCAGGGCAGUUGAUCAAGGCCUUGAAGCAGAUAGUACGCGUAGUAGUGUCCAUGGGGAACUGCACGGCGUCGCAGCGCGCAGUGGAGUCGUGGGUCGACGACGGCGAGUGGGAGGAGGAGGAGGAGGCGACCUCGUCGUCGUCGGACGGCGAGCACCACCACCACCACCACGACGACGAGAGGAGGAGAGAGGACCAUCACGACUCUGAGGUGACCAUCAGGAUCACCAAGAGGCAGCUGCACGAGCUGAUGGAGAAGAAUGGCAGCGGCGGUCACGGCGGGCUACCGCUACUACCAGGGUUUGGGAGCGGCCGGCGGUCGGCCGAGCAGCUGCUGGCGGACAUCAUGAACUCCGGCGAGGUGCAUCACCGCGACCACCAGAGGGAGGGGCACUGGCACUGGAAGCCCGCGCUGCAGAGCAUCCCGGAGACCGUCGAGUCACCAUGACACCUACACGUGUCUGAUCUCUCGUUAUUCAUUUGGUGGUUCUGAAGUGAUUCGGUCGUCGUUGUCUCCGCCUUUUGUUCGGUGCAAGUGUAAUCACUAAUCAGUGUGUAAAUAUCAGAAUUUUCAGACAUGUACAUACUUAAGUCUAGGGGAAAUUAAUGAAUUGUUAGGUCCAUUUCAGCUGUG